CCAAUUUUGAAACCCUGUGCAACGUUGUUUUAAAUGCGCAGAAAUUUGCACGCAACCCUAUUUACAUACUCAUUGGACAAUAAUUAAUAUAGCGAACAAUCAAGUGAAUAAUCUAGUGGACAAAUAAAGUUAUCAUCAAGAACAAUCAGUUAUCAUCAUCGCAGUGUUGAGUGACAGCGUCAGUGGUAUCACACAAAGAGUGAACGAUUCUCAAGCUCUUGAAAUAAUAUAAUCGUGUAGGAUUUUGUCAACUGUUUUAUUUCCAUUUGACGUAUCAGCAACAAACAAUAAAUAAAGCUUCCUCUCUAUACAAAGUGCAAAAUCGAAAUAAAAGUAUGGGAAAACCUAGAAAAAAAGAAGUUUCCUCGAUUGCAUUGAUAUUCCUCAUUGCAUUUUUGAUCCAAACUGGGUAUGGAAUGCCAAUGGAAACUUUGAUUUACGGAGGGGUAGAAGCUACCCCAGGCGACUUUCCAUGGAUGGUUUCCCUUCAAAUUCCUCGGGGAGAUUCGAGUGGACACGAUCAUGCUUGUGGAGGAACGUUAGUUUCGCCAAAUAAAGUCGUCACUGCCGCUCAUUGCGUUGAAGAAUUACGAAACUAUCCUCUGGGAAGCACUCAAGUGGUUGCGGGUGCUCACAACCUUUCCGCCAGUGAGAAUUGGAAACAAAUUCGAGUAAUUCAACCCUCGAAGAUUUACGUGCACUAUCUUUACAGCAAGGAAGCAUCUAGCUACGACGUUGCGGUGAUCGAAUUUACAAGUCAAUUUGUAGAAACAGACUAUGUUUCUUGGGCGUCGUUGGCCCAUUCUAACGCUUCAGGAACUUGCGAAAUCGCAGGAUGGGGUGCGACCGAACACACCACACGUAUGUCCGAUGUCCUGCGAAAGGCGACGCUUCCCAUUGUUCCAAAGGACGAUUGUUCUCGAAUUUAUGACGUGUUUGACGGAGAGUCCCAAAUUUGUGCUGGGAGACCGGAAGGAGGAAUUGACAUGUGCUUGGGUGAUACAGGAGGUGCGAUAAUUUGCAGCAAUCCUGGCUACAAAUUCUUUGCGGGUGUGGCAUCCAGUGGAUUUUUUUGUGGAGUAUCUGGCUACCCAGGGAUUUAUACUGAAGUCUCGGCUGUGAUCCCCUGGUUGCUCAAUCCUACCAUAAUACCCUCCUCGAAGUGAGACCUCUCUGUAAAGGACAAGUACAACGAACCAUUUCAACCGUUACGUAAUACUACAAAUCUGUGUAUACAAUAAUGAAUAAUGCAACUUAUAUAGCAAGAUAAUUUAUUUUCUCGACCUGAUCUCAACUUAUUGUACAUCAUUCUCUAAUAUUUUAUUUACAGCAUUACAUUAAAUUAAAGCUAUUAUACUUUCAUCAAA